AUGUACGCUAUCGCUAACUUGCACGAUAGUCUGAGCUCUAGGCGUAGAAAUAGUUUCAGUUCUCCCACGAAAGACUCCGAAGCGAAGCCGAACACCCAACCAUCGUCAUCCACUUCAUCUACUCCUACUUACUCAGGCACUAAGGAAAAACGUAAAAACAAUAAAAAACCUCAAAAAAAAGUAUCACCUGACGUGCAACCUCAAACUUAUUCCUCAGAAAAGAUAAAUGAAGAAAUUGGACUAGCGACACAGAAUGCCACCAAUCUUAUCAACGCACUCACAUUAUUAGGCCCAAAUUCAGAUGUUGAAAAUGAUCUCGAGCUUCAGGAAUUGGUUCAAAAAUGCAAAUCUUCAUCAGAACAAUUAGUCAAAAUCAUAUCGAUGGUUACGGAAGGAAAUGAACUUGGACCCCUAUUGCAGUCUAACGAUCAAGUGCAAGGUGCGUUGGCAGCGUUCUCCGAUUGUGAAUCCGGAGCAACUAGGGAGGCAGAAAUUUCAUCCUCCACACGUGGAAUUGAAAAUGAUGGAAGAAAUAAUAAACUUGCAGCUUCGAGAAUUCAUAAGGAUUUUGAUGAUCUCAUCAGUCUAGACUCGUACUCUGCCGCCAAUUCUUUGCCAACCAACGGCUUUAUUCCUGAUAGCAGCCUGUUGGAUGACCCCUUUGCAGAUCCCAUUACACCUUCUAGGACGCCCGAGCCAGAACCUG